AAAAAAACCCAGAAGAGAGAGAAAUAAAAGAAUAUACAAACAUCUUCUUCUUCCAAUCUUCCCUUUAACCUAUGAAUCUCUCCUUCUCGUCUCCUCCCCCAUUUAUAAAAUUCACUACUUCUUCAAAGACUUGAAACUAUUUCUCAUCCCCACUCUACUGAUUUUCUUCUUAGAUAUUGGAAACCCUAAUGAGAUUUUUCAGAAGAAUCGCGGGUAUACUUGGGUUUGGAAAAGAUGAACAACAUCAUUCAGAUGAAGAUGAAAUUGCUGAUAGUCACCAAAAUUUAAAUCAAAACCAACAUCAUCAUCAAGAACAACAUAAUCAUCAUCAUCAUCAGAAUCAACAAAAUCGUGACAGUAAUAAUAAUAGUAGUAAAGAAGAAACACGUAGAAGUUCAAAAGGGUUUGGAGUUAAAGUUCCUGUUGUUGUCGAUCGAGUUAAUCCUGGUCCUUUACUCGUUCCUACUCAUCUCGGCGAUGGCGGUGUUCAAGGUUUGAAAUGGUAUGCUAAGCGCCUUCGGAUAGACGAAGAUGGUGAUGUUGCAGAUGAGUUCCUUGACGAGGUCGUGCAACCAGUAGAAGUAUCAUCUGCAGCCGAUGAUAGGAGACAAGUAGCAUCUGCAGCUGAUGAUAGGAAACAACUGCUGAAGAAGUUUGAGUUGAAGUACAGCACAAAGCCAGCUAAAGUGAGAAAGCAGGUGAUUACGAUUGACGGAAAAAUCCAUCAAAGUGUGGAAUACCAAGGAAAAUUACAGUGGGUGUAGAGUCAUCGCAGUUCACGGUUCGAAAGUCAGCUCUCGCUGUAUGGAUGAUGCCUGUGCGAGUACAGAUUGUUUUUCAGUCCCCAUUUAUGGUAAUAUUAGUAACUAUAUUGUCAGUUAAUAUUUACAGAAUUGUCUGAUAAUUGUUUAUUAAUAUGAAAUAUUUCCAGUAGAUUUAUUUAUUUUGAUCGAAAUAUAAUGAUUAACAUUCCAAGUUAA